AUCAGUUUCCUACGCACAACAUCACGGGCUGAGGUCUUUGUGUGGUAGACGCAGAGAAGCCUCCACCUCGUGCGGGAAGGAUCGAAUUCAGUCGCCUGGUUUUCUGUAUCGAUCAGCCGACGGAAGCAGUGCAGAGGUCGACGAGGUCGCAAGCCGUUGAGAAAGCCACUGACCCCACCUCGGGCUCUCAGGGUCGAUCUUAUUGGUCUAUCCGUAGCUCAGCAUAGAAUCUGAUCAAUCCUCCCGACAGACCUGCGCAGUCGGUGUCUCCAAGUACGUACCAUACUAAUAAAAGGCCGUGGAAAACUCCGCACGAACGCAGAGAACAUUGGCGCUAGGAGGUUACCUGUUACAGGAAAUUAGCAAGCUGUCAGCAGACUUACUCCUUACUCAAGCACCAUGGGAAGCUGGGGAUAUGGAUCAGAGGAUGGCCCACACACGUGGUCAAAGAGUUUUCCGGCAGCGGCGGGUAAGAGACAGUCGCCUAUCGACAUCCUGACGUCCAGCUGUACCUAUGACGAGGAACUGGCGAGUAAACCGCUCACCAUUAACUACCAGACGGAGAAGGAUUUGACACUGGGCAACUGCGGGUACAGUCUGAAGGCCGGAGUCAAGGCCGAGUCUUACCUGUCGGGAGGCCCACUUAAACACAAGUACAGACUGGAACAGUUUCACUGGCACUGGGGCUCCGCCAACAACAAGGGCUCAGAACACACUGUCAAUGGGCAGAUGUAUGCCGCUGAGCUUCAUCUGGUUCACUGGAACACCGAGCUAUACUCUGGAUUCGGCGAGGCGGCCACUAGUGACAAUGGACUGGCAGUGCUCGGAGUCCUUAUCAAGGCUGGAAAGGAAUGCCCAGGUUUUAAGACGUUAGCUGAGGCGAUGGAAAAAGUGAAGUUUAAGGGGCAGUCUUCCACUAUUUCCAGUUUUUCCCCGCAAUGCCUACUUCCAGGAAAUACUUCCAAAUACUGGACGUAUGAUGGCUCGCUGACAACGCCCCCAUGCGCAGAGAGUGUCUCGUGGAUCGUGUUCCAAGAGUGUGUAGAAAUGUCCGAGGCUCAGCUGAAGACCCUGCGGUCGCUUGUAUGUGAAGAUUGUCCAAACGCCCAGCAGCACAACAUGGUGGAUAACAACAGACCUACCCUGCCCGUGGGCGACAGGAAGGUCCGAGCGUCUUUCAAGUAAAGGACAGUCCCAACCCCGUGCCUCCCCAGGGCUAUGGUCUCUCUCCAGCAGGAAUGCUCUGUCUGAUUUCCUUCAAACUUAAUAUGUGUAUGUCUUUCACAAUAGAUCCAUAUGUAUAUCCACGAGUUGAGCUUUCUAGUGAAGACCAAAUAUUAGCACAAACAUUACCAAAUAUUAAAGUUACUUUAGUCAUAAUAACGUCUAAUACAGAUGCGAUGUACACGGAAACUACAAGGCAUAUAAAUCAUCGGAAUUUUAUUUUUCAAAACUUUUUUCAAGAUACUGUGUCUGUUUGGGAAUUUGUUUGCUGUGUUGUAUUUCCCUGCAUUACAGCUUCACUGGUGGUCUCAGCUCCCUGCUUGCCAAAUUGUUGGUGUUGGUGGUAGGGCGUUUUGGACUGACCAUGAAGCCGCCGUAAUGUUAUAAGUACGUAACUACCUUGGUCGGUACUGGUUACCAUGGUAGUUACGAGCACGUAACGUUAUCUAUGGGAUGGAUUUGGUUUUAUUUUUGUACAGCGUUUUUGUAUUCAGUUUUACAGCUUACUGGGGCUUGUAUUAAAAUAACACGCCAGUGUAGUGUGUAAGCCAGUCGUCAGUUCACCAGUGUCAUCUGCAUCUAUCGUCUGACAUUCAUGCCAAAGUUCACGAGAUCGAAAAGAAACGUUACCCAUUUUGUUUUUAUACCAUGGGCCACAUGGAACUUUUCCUGGAUGUUUUUAUUUGUCCUGGGCUUAUUUCCGAACGCCGAACUAUGGCAGUGAAGCAUGCAGCAUUUAUAGCCACCUUAUACAUGUGGUUAGUGAUUAUUGCCUUUACUUCUUGUACCCUUUACUUCUUGUACCCUUUACUUCUUGUACCCUUUACUUCUUGUACCCUUUAUAUAUGGCUCAUACCCGACUCGUUCAUAUGCCUCUCACCAAAACACUCAAACACCAUUACUGUUAUUUGUACCUCUAUUAGCUAGCUCAUGUUUGUUAUUGUAUCAUUUAUCCUUCUCAGAAUUCAUUUUGGUACUGUAUCAAAAUACAUGUAGCUCAUACCGAGCUUUACCCUCACAUGGGCCUGUUGCAGUUUUAAUGUUAAUGUUACUAGUUAGUAUUUAUCAUCAUCAUGUUGGCCGUGUGCUUGGACAUUUGCCUAGUAUACAUAAGCGUUUGUUAAAUAAGUUCUUUGUGAUAUUGUGUGUUUUGUGUGUCAUUGAAUGUUAUGCUGUUAUGUUUUAUACCGAGCAUGUUCUAAUUUAUGUUGCACUUUGCUACGAAACAAUUCAGAAAAUAUUCUCAGCGUGUUCGAUACUACAUAAUAGGAUCCUUUCCGGCCUAGUGUAAUUCUGGUCUAAGCUGUGUAGUCCAUUGUGUCAGUAUCAUAGUGUUGCGUAAACAUAUGGAUAGCAUAUUACUCAUGCAAUUGUAAGACAAAAAUGAUGAAAUCAAUUUUGACCAGAGUUACCAUUGCGCGGGCAUAGGUGGUCCAGUCCCUGGUUAAAUCUACAUCAGUUGUGCUGUGUUAUUAAACAUUGCCAUUCAUCAGACAGCUUUCAGUUGACGUCACACGUUUAAAAGCCAGGCUUUUGCUUUGGAUAAGGGCCAAAGGUCACGACCUGACCUCUGACACUGGGUCAUAUGAUCAGGUGAUUCAGGCAUUUUCUCGCCUUGUGAUUCAGGCAUUUUCUAUCGCAUUAUUCAGUCUUAUGUAUAGAAAUUACACAGGCAAACACAAUAAAUAAUCGCGUUUGAAAGGAAAUAUCUCCAUCUUUCCCCCCUUUUUUAUUAUGGAUAAAAGACUUUUCUAUCCUUUAGGCAUACACGUGUGCUCUAUUUAUUGGUCUGAUUGCAGGCAGCUGGUAAGGCAACCAAUUUAAUCAAUAUGGUUUCAUUUUAUAAACGACGCCAGUGUGUUAUUCCGCGAGCUAAUCAAACUUCAGCGUUCCACAUAGGGUGCCAGUCAUCAUUCCAAUGGCUGGGUUAGAUCCCAGCCAACAUAAAGCAGAAUAUCCCUGGCGUUUGUGUGACCGGUGAAACGUUCGCUUUAAUGAACUUGACUGUGUAUUCAUCGUCACAAUACUCUUUAGUAUCUUCAGUCUUUAUUGCUUUAUGUGCUAUUAUAUGAAAUGAACGUCUGUGUCACCAAAAAAAGAUAAUAAUGUAUAUAUUGUAGGGAAAGAUUUCCACCGAUGUAUAGUUUAUACGGAUUUAACGAUGGAAGAAAUAAAAUACUCGGUUUUGAGC